AUGGGUGUGCAAAAGGAAGAUGUGGAAAAGUUCCUUAGGGACAACCCUGCGUUUGCUGAAAAGUACUUUGCCAAGAAGUUGACUGCUUCCUCCCUAUCGAAGCUGUCAGGACUCCCAGAGAAACAAAUCGACUUCAGCCAGUUUCACGAGCUCAGUCAGGUUGAAGAAAGUGUAAUGAUGUAUGACCUGAUCAAAGAUAUGCAAGAGAACGUCAACAUGGAAAGAGUGGUAUUCAAGAUCCUGAAGAGGCUCAGUGCUCUCAUCCAUGCUGACCGCUGCAGCUUGUUCAUGUACCGGCAGCGGAACGGCAUCGGAGAACUGGCCACAAGGCUCUUCAACGUCUCCACAAAUUCAGUGCUGGAGGACUGCGUGGUGCAACCUGACUCUGAGAUCGUCUACCCACUGGACUUGGGAAUAGUUGGCAACGUGGCCCUGACCAAAAAGACGGUUAAUGUGAAAGACGUCAAACAGAGUCAGCACUUCAGCUCAUUCGUCGAUGAACUCACAGAUUACCAAACCAGAUGUGUUCUCGCUACGCCUAUCCUCAACGGCAAAGACAUGGUGGCAGUGAUCAUGGCUCUGAACAAAACCACAGGACCACAUUUUACUGCUGAGGAUGAAGAUCUCUUCUUGAAGUACAUGAAAAUUGCUUCUCUGAACUUAAAGAUCUUCCAUCUGAGUUACCUCCACAACUGUGAGACACGUAAAGGACAGCUGCUGCUGUGGUCUGCCAACAAAGUAUUUGAAGAGCUGACAGAUAUCGAACGACAGUUUCACAAAGCCUUGUACACAGUCCGAGCCUACCUCAACUGUGACCGCUACUCUGUCGGUUUACUAGACAUGACAAAAGAAAAGGAGUUCUUUGACAUCUGGCCUGUGCUGAUGGGAGAGCAGGCACCUUACUCUGGCCCUGUAACUCCUGAUGGCAGGGAGGUAAUCUUCUACAAAGUCAUUGAUUAUAUUUUACAUGGAAAAGAAGAGAUCAAAGUCAUACCCAAUCCACCUGCAGAUCACUGGGCCCUGGGAAGCGGCUUGCCAACUUACGUUGCCGAGAGCGGUUUUAUCUGUAACAUUAUGAAUGCAGCUGCUGACGAGACGUUCCAGUUUCAGACAGAGGCACUGGAUGAGAGUGGCUGGACCAUAAAAAAUGUCCUCUCGCUCCCCAUCGUCAAUAAGAAAGAAGAGAUCGUUGGAGUGGCAACGUUCUACAACAGAAAAGAUGGAAAACCAUUUGAUGAUCAGGAUGAGCAGCUCAUGGAGGCUUUGACUCAGUUCCUGGGGUGGUCAGCUCUGAACACGGACACUUACGACAAGAUUAACAAACUAGAAAACCGGAAAGACAUUGCUCAGGACAUGGUGCUCUAUCAUGUUAAAUGUAGGGAUGAUGAAAUUCAAAAUAUUCUGAACACAAGGGAAGUCUAUGGCGUUGAGCCAUGUGAGUGUGAAGAGGAGGAGCUCCUUGAUAUUCUGAAAAAAGAUCUUCCUCCAUUGAUCAAGAAAUUCGAGAUCUAUGAGUUCCGCUUCUCAGAUUUUAACUGCACAGAGAUGGACCUGGUUAGGUGUGGGAUCCAGAUGUACUACGAAGUUGGAGUAGUCAAGAAGUUCCAGGUCCCCCAAGAGGUGCUGGUGCGCUUCAUGUAUUCAGUCAGUAAAGGAUAUAGGAAAAUCACAUACCACAACUGGCGUCAUGGCUUCAACGUGGGACAGACCAUGUUUACACUGUUAACGACAGGGAUGCUGAAGCGAUACUACACUGACUUGGAGGUCAUGGCCAUGGUAACUGCAGGAUUCCUGCAUGAUAUUGACCACAGAGGAACAAACAACUUGUACCAGGUCAAAUCUGGCAACCCUCUGGCCAAGUUACACGGCUCCUCCAUCUUGGAACGGCACCAUCUAGAGUUUGGAAAGUUCCUGCUGGCUGACGAGUCACUAAAUAUCUACCAGAACCUCAACCGGCGGCAGGUAGAACAUGUGAUUCAUCUCACGGACAUUGCCAUCAUUGCCACCGACCUGGCUCUUUAUUUCAAGAAGAGAACCAUGUUCCAAAAGAUUGUGGACCUUUCACACACAUAUGAAGAUGAAAAGAAAUGGGUGGAAUUCAUGUCUCUAGAAACAACCAGAAAAGAGAUUGUCAUGGCUAUGAUGAUGACUGCGUGUGACUUGUCUGCUAUCACAAAGCCCUGGGAGGUACAGAGCAAGGUUGCCUUGUCUGUGGCAGCAGAGUUUUGGGAACAGGGUGAUUUGGAGAGGACAGUACUGGAGCAGCAACCUAUUCCCAUGAUGGACAGAAACAAGGCAGCAGAACUUCCAAAGCUACAGUGUGGUUUCAUUGACUUUGUCUGCACGUUUGUCUACAAGGAGUUUUCUCGCUUCCACCCACAAAUCCAGCCAAUGUUGGAUGGCAUCCUUAACAACAGGAAGGAAUGGAACGCUAAAAAAGAGGAGUAUGAAGCUAAACUGAAAGCAAUAGAAGAUGAAAAAGCUGCUAAAGAGGCAGCAGCGGCAGCCAAAGCUGCUGCAAACAACCCCAGUGGUGGAGGCUCCAAAACCUGCUCCGUGUGCUAAAAUACCAAAGACAUGUGUACGUUAUGAGGGUGUAAGUAGACACUCGUGAAGGACUGACGUCAGAUUUAUCUGAGAAACACAGCCAACAUAUCUGACUCACUGCCAAGGAAAUAUAUGUCAAUG